ACUGGGGUCGCGGUUGUAGUUGCUUUCCGUGUGUUUUCUUUUAGUUCGUCUAUUUACAGCUCUGUAAUCUGUGACGAUGACCUCAGAGGUCGGGAACCAGCUGGAGAUCGGCACGAGGGGGUCGAGAGAGAGGACGCAAUGCUCUAAGCUGGGCGAGGAUCGGACCAGGAGAUUCUCCGAGGAGGGGGGUGAUGAAGCUAGAUGUGCUUGGUUGACCACUCGGAGGUCCUGAGCUACGAGUCGAGGAGUUCGGAGGGGAUCGAAUGGUGGCCAGAAGACUUCAGUAAUUGAGCUCCAACGGUUGUGCACGAAGUGGUUUGGACUUUGAUAAGUUUGGCGCCUUUUCUUUAAUUUUCUCUUCAUAUAUACUGUAUCGUUAUUAAUCACUUAGUUAUAGUAACCUUUAUAAAUUGUACUCAUUUAAUCGCAUAUGGUGUACUGUCUGUUUUUGGGCGAGGCGGGGACAUCACACAGCAUCCACACCAGCUGAUUACCCAGUUUGGCGGGGCCGAAGGCUGCUCCACCUAGACGAGAACGAGCUGAGCGAGCCUGAGGCCACCCAGGGGGUUACAUUGUGGGGUGCUCGUCCGGGGUUGAUUUCUGUGGAAGCUGUGUGAUCACCCUCUUUAAAUUGUGUCUGCGGCGAAGAGCUGGUGUGCCUUUGUGGGUGUGCGAUUGCUGGUUAUCGCUGCGUGUGUGUUGGGUGGGGUGGUUGCUGUUGGCUGACGAAAUGGUGGUGGGACCAUGGGUUGUCCGUACUGUUUGGAGAUUGAGGAGUGACAGGUUGGGAUGUUUCAGCAGUGGUGAGUUCCGCCCGGUUAUUGGAAUAAUGUCCAGCCCUAAAGGGGCGGAGGCGUGGGCGGAGCGGACCCCUCAGUUGUUGGGUGAGUGGCAGUACUUGGCUGAGGGAAAGCGACAGGGACGGGUUGAAAGUUUGAGUAGGCGGGCUGGUGACUUUGUUAGAACUGUCAGGCGCAAUUACCUCGAAGUGACUGCUGCCAGUUCUGGGAAAGUGUGGGAAAAUGCGUGUGGUUCGACUGGAAGUCAAAUGCCGCAGCUGGGGGGCUUAUUAUAUCUGUGGCAGGAGAUUGGUGGGAAGUUUUUAGGGUAUCCCUUUUUGCCUAGGGGGGCAGAUAAAUUGCUUGUGGUGCCAAGGGGAUCUGUCAAGGGGAUCAGUUGUUCCGUUGAUUCGAGAGGUGUCGGGAAACUUAGAGGAGGCCCAGUGGGGGAACGGCUUGGGGUCUCUGGGGGAGCACGUUCCCAGCAAUGUACCAAGGAACUCCCGAAAGGAGCAGACCCUAUUCCUGAAGGCUUAGAGGGGCCAUGCGCACAGGUGUUGUUACGGAUGGAUGGAAGUCAAGUUAAAACCAUCCUCGGCACCGGGGCGCUGGUGAAGUUGCUGUACAGUUUGUUUCAUAACCGUUAUUGGAAGCAUUUACCCUUGACAACAUUGAGGACACUGGAGAUUCGGGGUACCAGUGCCGGUGAUUAUCCAGACAACGGUUGUUGGUCAGUGAAAAUGGAGUUCUUAGAGGCAAAUGUGGAGGAGACUGAGGUUCAUGAAUCGUUAAUGCUGAUGUGUACGGACACUGUUGAGACGGGCAGCGUUUCUGUUCGAGAAAGAACCAAAAUCCUGCUGGUGCGCUUGGGAGCCUGCCCGGAGGAGGCGGGUGAGCGCUGUUUGGAGGCAUUGUCGAUGCACCCAGGGUUUCGAGCUGCUUGUGCGGACGUGUGUAGCAGCAUUGGGCUGAUACCGAAUUCAAACAAGAGCCAGUGGUGGUACGGCCUGGGGGAAGUAUCUGAGGGUGAGACCCUCUUCGUGGACGCUGCGAAAUACCACAAGGGAGGGGAGUUGACUGCUGAAGACACCUCGGAGAGAGAGAGGUUGCGGCGACUGGCCCCUACAGCCAUGGAAGAUGUAGGCAGCGUGUGUAUGGAUUAUAUUGCGUUGAAGAGGCGCACUGUCAGUGACCAGAAUAUGGCCCUGAGGGCCAGAGAGGCGAUGGCCUGUCUGAGUGGUGUGAAGUGGUUUAAGGUGCUGGAUCUGAGGAGUGGAUGUUGCCAGAUCCCGAUGAGUGGGGCCAACAAGGAGAAGACGGCCGUUAUAAAUUCCCUAGGAGUCUUCGGGUCCGAAAAGAUGCCACAGGGCAUAUCUGGAACCCUUGCAACCUUCCUGCGGGGCAGGUGGAAGACCAUAGGGGAUGUGGAGGCGUUUGGAGUUUUGGUGUAUGUGGAUGAUCUCUUGGUAUUUGGAUUUGCCUCAGGAGAAUAUGAAGUGAGGUCGUUGCAGGAGCAGCUGAGAACUACCGAGUUAAAGUGUUUUCGGGACACGUGCCAGGGCUGGCGAAGGUCGCAGCUCGUGAGAGACUGUCUCUACGGAAUCAAGUUUGAAAUGAAGACGGAGAGACUGGAGAAAGUGAUCUGGAACCAUUCGGAAGACUUGCACGUUGGAGAGAAUGAAGAAAGUUGUCUGACUGAGGGUAAUAGCAAACUGAGAACCCGGAGAGGGGAGUUUGCAGAGGUGAAGAAAUUACAGACGAAUCUCAGAAGAGAGAAGCGGAAGCUUGAAGGGAACCUGAAGAUGACCAUCGACAGUUCAAAUGAAGUGCAAAACCUGAAAGUUGAUCUGGAAGAAGUCAUGAGGAAGAAAAAGCUGGAGAGAAGUGCAGUGAAUACUGAACAGGAGGCUGAAGAGACUGCGGGAGCAGUGCAGGCCACGUGUUUCCGUUUGGAGAAGAUCAAACAGCAGCUACCGAUCACAGGAAUGAGGAAGAAUACAGAUUCGAUGGAUGAUGUGCUGGAUGUGUGGUACAUGCUGCCUUUUGCUGACUUUCCCUCGAUUGAGGAAGAGACCUUUGGCCCUUCUCCCAUUGAGUCAGGUGUAGCAGGGAGGGUUAGCUGUGUGCAGUGUGGGGCAUGAGUGAGAGGUUGAGAGAGGAGUUGGUAGUGGGCCCAAGGUAUCCCCAGUUGUGUCCGAGCCUGAAGGGUUUAGGUGAGGGGGUACGGAGGCCUCAGAAGGGUUAGGGAACUCCCAGAUAGUUGGCCUAAGUAGCGCCUGAGGAACAGGGAGGAGAGGGGAGGAGAUGUCACUGUUUGUGCUUGGGUUACGGUGUGUUGGCAGGAAAGGUGGCGAGUUAUUUAGUAGUCAUGAGGACAUGACAUUUAUUUGGUGGAGGAAGUGUGUAAAGGGGGUUUCUUUUUUUUCUUUGUUACUGUUGGGAAAGGGUUUCCUUUUGUUAACUAGCAGGAAUGCUAAUUUACUGAUAACGAGAAUGGUAUUCCUUUGUAAACCAAAUGGGGAUUAAUGUUCUUUCUUCUGAGUCUGUAAGCUUUUGUUGACGGGCUUUUGGGCAGAUCGGCGCGAGGGGGUCGAGAGAGAGGACGCAAUGCUCUAAGCUGGGCGAGGAUCGGACCCCAAAGGGGGGUCCGAGGCAGGGAGAUUCUCCGAGGAGGGGGGGGAUGAAGCUAGAUGUGCUUGGUUGACCACUCGGAGGGUCCUGAGCUGUUUGGAGAGUCGAGGAGUUUGGAGGGUCCUGAGCUGCGAGUCGAGGAGUUCGGAGGGGAUCGAAUGGUGGCCAGAAGACUUCAGUAAUUGAGCUCCAACGGUUGUGCACGAAGUGGUUUGGACUUUGAUAAGUUUGGCGCCUUUUCUUUAAUUUUCUCUUCAUAUAUACUGUAUCGUUAUUAAUCACUUAGUUAUAGUAACCUUUAUAAAUUGUACUCAUUUAAUCGCAUAUG